GAGCAGGAGGAAGUGACCGUUAGGAGCUCGCCAUGUCUAACUCACAGUAAUCGUAUUAAACUAAAUGAAUUGGUGUGGGAGCUGAGCUAUUUCGGUGUAGCCUCGGCCAAAUAACGUGAGGAGCGUGAAACGAACCGGUAACCCGACGUUAGCAGCCGCCUUCAAAGUAAAGUGGCGUUCGGCUAACGGCUUGGCGCUCGCGCACUGUUACGUAGCCCUUCGCAGAAAUUGCGAGUAAUUACGAUUUAAUUAUUAAUUACGCUUUAGUUUAAUAGUGUAAUUGCCUCGUCACUAAUACUCUGCAUUAUCGCGUUUGACCGCCGACGUCGUCCCACUUUGCGUAACCGAAAAGGCGAUGUUUUAUUUUGAAAAGCCCCCCCCCCGGAAGCAGUUUGUUUUUAGCCUCCACGUCAGUCGACUUAACGCUCAGUCCGCCUGGAGCAUCACAACAUUGUCCUGCCGCUUUGUUCGAGGGGACAGAAACGCGUCGCCCUUGUCUUCGAUGAAGUGCGUGUGAAACCAGGCAAUGUCCGCUAUGGUGUAUCCACGUGAAGAAGCCAUGGAGCGCCUGAGUCAGGAUGAGAUCGUCCUCAACACCAAGGCCGUGGUGCAGGGCCUUGAGACGCUGCGCGGCGAGCACGCCCAGCUCCUCAACUCGCUGCUGGACUGCACCCAGCCGCCCGCCGCCCAGGAGAAGUCCGGGCUGCUUCGCAAGAGCAUGGAGGCCAUCGAGCUGGGCCUGGGCGAGGCACAGGUGAUCAUCGCCCUGUCGAGCCACCUGAGCGCCGUGGAGUCGGAGAAGCAGAAGCUGCGCGCUCAGGUGCGCCGGCUCUGCCAGGAGAACCAGUGGCUGAGGGACGAGCUGGCGGGAACCCAGCACAAGCUGCAGCGCAGCGAGCAGAGCGUCGCCCAGCUGGAGGAGGAGAAGAAGCACCUGGAGUUCAUGAACCAGAUCAAGAAGUUCGACGACGACGUCUCGCCCUCGGAGGAGAAGAGCCAGAGCGCCGCGGGCGGAGGAGGAGGAGACACUUCCAAGGACAGUCUGGAUGACUUGUUCCCCAACGAUGACGACCAGGGACCAGCGCAGCCCAGCGGGGAGGUGGCCGCCCAGCAGGGGGGCUACGAGAUCCCGGCCCGCCUCAGGACGCUCCACAACCUGGUGAUCCAGUACGCGUCGCAGGGCAGGUACGAGGUGGCGGUGCCGCUGUGCAAACAAGCCCUGGAGGACCUGGAGAAGACGUCCGGACACGACCACCCGGACGUGGCCACCAUGCUCAACAUCCUGGCUCUGGUGUACAGGGACCAGAACAAGUACAAAGAAGCGGCUCACCUCCUGAACGACGCGCUGGCCAUCAGAGAGAAGACGCUGGGGAAGGAUCACCCGGCCGUGGCCGCGACCCUCAACAACCUGGCCGUCCUGUACGGCAAGAGGGGCAAGUACAAGGAGGCGGAGCCUCUCUGCAAGAGGGCGCUGGAGAUCAGGGAGAAGGUGUUGGGGAAGUACCACCCGGACGUCGCCAAGCAGCUGAACAACUUGGCCCUGCUGUGUCAGAACCAGGGCAAGUACGACGAGGUGGAGUACUACUACAGCCGGGCCCUGGAGAUCUACGAGUCCAAGCUGGGGGCCGACGACCCCAACGUGGCCAAGACCAAGAACAACCUGGCCACGUGCUACCUGAAGCAGGGCAAGUUCAAAGAUGCGGAGGCUCUGUACAAAGAGAUCCUGACCAGGGCCCACGAGAAAGAGUUUGGAUCCGUCAACAAUGACAACAAGCCAAUCUGGAUGCACGCAGAGGAGAGGGAGGAGAGCAAGGGUAAGCGCAAGGACUCUGGCCUGUUUGUGGAGUAUGGGAGCUGGUACAAGGCCUGCAAAGGGGACAGCCCCACAGUGAACACGACCCUGAAGAGCCUGGGAGCUCUGUACCGUCGUCAGGGCAAACUGGAGGCCGCGGAAACCCUGGAGGAGUGCGCCAGCAAGUCCCGUAAACAGGGUAUUGAUGCCAUUAACCAGAGUAAGGUGGUGGAGCUGCUGAAGGACGGAGGAGCCGGAGGAGGAGACAGGCGACACAGCAGGGAAGGAAGUGGCGGCCCGGGGGGACAGCGGAGGGAGAACGAGGGCGACGACUCCGCUGAGUGGAACGGGGACGGCAACGGGGCGCUGCGCCGCAGCGGAUCCUUCGGGAAGAUUCGCGACGCCCUGAGGAGGAGCAGCGAGAUGCUGGUGAAGAAGCUGCAGGGGAGCGGCCCACAGGAGCCCCGUAACCCAGGAAUGAAGAGAGCAAGCUCCCUCAACUUCCUCAACAAGAGCACUGAGGAGACCACACAGGACGUAAACUCCGGCCUCUCGGACUGCAGGGGACUGAGCGCCAGCAAUGUGGACCUUUCCAGACGCAGCUCUCUGAUUGGCUAGUCGGGGACAGGAGGCGGGACUCGGGAGACGAGAGGCUCGGUUUGAUCCAACAAACACACUUAAAGCUCAAAGCGAGAUCAAACACUUGCAGCAGAUUUUUUAAGGAACACUCAGAAAAAGAAGAAGAAGACAAAAAAAAAAAGCAUCAUAGUCUAAACGUCGUCCUGUGAGACGCCGCCGCCUCGCUGUACAAACCGCUGCCAUCGAUCACUGAAGAGAAUAUUUAGAUACACAUUAAUCAGCAUGCCGCUUACUAGGACGUGGAAUGUCUGCACCUGAACGCCUCGUAGCCGCACCGGGAUGAGUCCGUCUGUUCGAUCUCCACCGUGUGCAGACAGAAGCUUUGCACUCCGUAUAUUUCACCAGUAGCAUGAAGUGUUUGCUGAUGCUGAGCACCCAUCGAAUAUUAUUAUAAAUAAAUAAAUAAAUAUUUAUUUAAAUAUAUAUUUAUAUAUUUAAAUAUAUUUAAAUAUUUAAAUAUAUAUAUAUAUAUACACAUAUAUAUUUAUUUAUUUAUUUUAUAUAUAUAUUAAUAUAUAUCACAGAUGGUAUAAAUGGUACGAUUUUAACGGGGAAAGCAGAGGCAUAAAAGAGGAUACAAGCAAUCUUUGGGGAUUUUCAUGAAGACAUUAGCACUAACCAUUUAAACCUCACUUUUUGCCUUUUUUUUUUUUUUUUAAUGUAUAUAUACAGUUUUAAAUUAUUCGAUAUUUCAUUCUUUGUAUAUAUCGUGCACUUUUCUUUAUUUUUCUGUUUACACUAUUGGGUUAAAGAAGGUCUCGGUUGGAGAAAAUACUACUUUAUCUGAAGGGAGGAGGGUGGGAAAAGAAGGAAAGGAAGAGAGGGAGUGAAAGAAGGAAAGACGAAAUGAACACGUAGUUCAUAAAAAAAAAAAAAAAAGAUUUCGUACCUCAAUCACAG